AUGCGGAGCUUCGCCCGCCUCUGCCUUUGCCAUCUGUGGCUCCAUGCGACGUCGGAUCCUUCUCUGACUCCGGAGCUGGAGCUGGAGCCGGAGCCGGAGCAGAGCGAGCAGCGAUAUCGAGGGAUGAUCAUCGAUGCGGGCUCCACCGGCUCGCGCGUGUGGAUUUUCGCAUGGUCACCUGGGCCGUGUCAACACGAUGCACUGCCCUCGAUGGUGACACCAACUGUUGUGGCCUCUUAUCAAGUGAAAGGUGGACUGUCAUCAGCAUCAGCCAAGUUAAACGACACUCUGACAGAGCUGCUGAACUUUGCAGAAGACAUCUUGAAGGAUAGGAAGGAGGACUGGCACCGCUUCCCCGUGUACCUCCUGGCCACUGCGGGCUUCCGACGCUUGCGUCCGGAACACCGAGAAAACGUGUUAAUGACUGUCAGACAUAUCCUGGGCGAGAGCCAUUUCCAUCUGGAACCAGACUUUGUUCGAAUUCUGAGUGGGGAAGAAGAGGGAGCUUAUGGCUGGCUGGCCGUCAACUCAGAAAUGGGAAGCUUAACGGAUCCCGGCACGGAUUCCGUUGGGGUUCUGGACUUGGGUGGGGCAUCCAUGCAGAUCACCUUCGUCCCUGAAGCAGAUCGGAGUGUGUUGCAGCACUCCUUCCCGCUGUUCCUGCAGGGCCGGCAGAGCAAUUUGUAUUCGGCCAGCUACCUACAAUUCGGCUUGCGGGAGGCCCAGCGUCUACUGCAACGACAGCUGAUUGGCAAAGCGCUGGUGGCAGAGACGACGGAAGUCUUGGAACAUCCGUGUCUUCCGCGUGGCAGCAACUCCACGGAACUCCUCAUCGGCGAUGCCGACGCGCAGGCGGAUGCCGCAGCGGCUGGGGCCAAUGCCUUUCCGCCACUGAGCGCCACGUGGCAUGGCAAGGGACAAUACGAUGAUUGCGUGGAGAAGCUCACGGAACUCUUUGAUAAGAAUGCACCCUGUUACUUGCCCGCGUGCACCUUCAAUGGCCGAUACCAACCAACUUUGGGCGCCCGACGUUUCGUGGCAUUUUCCGCCUUCAGUUGGGUGGUGGAUGUGCUGGGCUUGCCGGCAGAGACUACGGCGCUGGAGGAUAUUGAGAAUGCGGCGAGGUAUGUGUGCAAAAUGGAUUGGGCCCUCCUGCACGAACGCUGGCAGUUGGGCGAACAAGCCUUGCAAACUCUCUGUUUUUCUGCCGCAUAUGUGGUAGUGCUGCUUCAUCACGGCCUAGGUUUUGACAAGAAAAGUCAACAGAUCAUUUUCGUGCCGCAGGGCAACAUCAGCUGGGCGAAAGGUGCCAUCAUUUGGGAAGCGAACAACCGCUUCAGUCGGCAACAACCGUUAUGCGUCCCAGCACGGCCAGCGGUCACGAAUGUUUGUACAGGCACUCCUGAAUGA